AGACAAUGAGGGAGUCUCUGCCGACCGCCUGCUGUUUAUUGUUCCGGGACCUGAGAAUGAGGCCGGCAGCUGCCCCCUCCUGCAGAGUUUAGCUCCUGGAUUUGCUGUCUUUUGCAUUCGGGACCAUCGGGGUCACCUAACGCUGGUCGCUGGGGCGCCGAACGCCAGCCUCAGCCGCCUUUCACUGACUGUCUCUUCUCUAUUUUCCAGAUUGGCACCUUCAAGCCCGAGGUGUCCCAAGCCCAGGAGGUCCGGAUCCGGUGCCCCUGGGGCAUCCAGACGGGAUGUCUUGCGGACAGCGGUGCUAACUAAGUGCCUCCACGCUGGGAGCCAGGCGCACUGGCUCCUGGCUACCGGCCGAGCGGCGGCGGCGGCGGCGGGGAUGAGCCCCGGACGCUCAAGGCGCCUGCCGCGAGCUACCGCCCCGAGGUGGAGGCCAAGCAGGGUUCUUCGCUGGACAGCGCGAACGCUUUCCCGCCGGGGCACGCGGCUGCGGAGCCCCGGGCCGCGCCUGCUGUCAGGAUGCCCUGGGCGCCUCCCUAUUGGUGAGGAUGCCCUGCUGUGAGGCUCUACCAUCCCUAUUCCUGGUCUCAAGCGGGCGCGACUGAGCUGGCCGGGCAUUAGCCCCUUGCGCUGGUGGAUGAAAAGAGCUGGAGUCCUUGUGUGCAAUCAGCGAUCGAAUCUGAAUUCUAAGAGCCAUGGACGAAAGUCCUGGGCCGCAGCCCCCGGGGAAAGAGCAGCUGGAGGCACCAGUCCCAAUAGGAGCUGUCCAAGAGAAGGGCGAGCCAGAGACCUUCAGGUCCAAGAGUUUACCGGUCCUGAACAGCGCCUCCUGCCGGCCGAACCUCAGUCCUGAGAGUGUGGACUUCAAGCCGGCCUUCGGCUGUAAGGAUUCUUUAAGCCACCAGAAGUCCAAGCAAGGCCGGAACCCGUUGGCCCCCAGUCCUUCUGCCCCGUCCACUUCGGCUGGGAUGGCAGGACUCGUGGAUUGUACCCACAGGAAGGACGUAAGCAAAACCGUCUCGGUGUCCUCCACUCUGGCCACACUCCAGGAGAGAAGGUGCCUGCAUGUGGUCCUCACUGAUUCCCGCUGCUUCCUGGUUUGUAUGUGCUUUCUGACCUUCAUCCAAGCGUUAAUGGUCUCUGGGUACCUGAGCAGUGUCAUCACCACCAUUGAAAGACGCUACAGUUUAAAGAGUUCUGAGUCGGGGCUGCUGGUCAGCUGCUUUGACAUCGGGAACCUGGUGGUGGUGGUGUUUGUCAGCUAUUUUGGGGGCCGGGGUCGGCGGCCCCUGUGGCUGGCGGUAGGUGGACUUUUCAUUGCCAUCGGAGCUGCCCUCUUCGCCUUACCUCACUUCAUCUCGCCUCCCUACCAGAUCCAGGAGUUGAACGCCUCGGCGUCCAACGAUGGCUUGUGCCAGAAUGGCAACUCCACGACCGCUUCGGAGCCUGCCCCCUGUCCGAAGGACUCGGGAGGAAAUAGCCACUGGGUCUAUGUGGCUUUAUUCAUCUGUGCACAGAUUCUCAUUGGAAUGGGCUCCACACCUAUUUAUACCCUGGGACCAACCUACUUAGAUGACAAUGUUAAGAAAGAAAAUGCGUCCUUGUACCUAGCCAUCAUGUAUGUCAUGGGAGCACUUGGCCCUGCAGUGGGAUAUUUAUUAGGUGGACUUCUUAUUGGUUUUUAUGUUGAUCCCAGAAAUCCUGUUCACCUUGACCAGAAUGACCCUCGUUUCAUUGGAAACUGGUGGAGUGGAUUCCUCCUUUGUGCCAUUGCAAUGUUUCUUGUGAUAUUCCCAAUGUUUACUUUUCCAAAAAAGCUUCCACCUCGGCACAAGAAAAAGAAAAAGAAAAAAUAUUCUGUUGAUGUUGCUAGCGAUGAUGAUGUUAUGAAGGAGAAAUCAAACAAUAGUGAACAAGUGGACAAAAAAGUGUCUUCAAUGGGAUUUGGAAAGAAUGUCAGAGACCUACCAAGAGCAGCUGUCAGGAUCUUAAGCAACAUGACAUUCCUUUUUGUGAGUUUGUCAUACACAGCUGAGAGUGCCAUUGUAACUGCUUUCAUUACCUUCAUUCCCAAGUUCAUCGAGUCACAGUUUGGUAUCCCAGCUUCCAAUGCCAGCAUCUACACUGGUGUUAUUAUUGUCCCCAGUGCUGGUGUUGGUAUUGUCCUCGGAGGCUACAUUAUAAAAAAAUUGAAACUUGGUGCAAGAGAAUCUGCAAAAUUAGCAAUGAUCUGCAGCGGUGUGUCUUUACUGUGUUUUUCAACCCUAUUUAUUGUUGGAUGUGAAAGCAUCAAUCUAGGGGGCAUCAACAUCCCUUAUACAACAGGACCUUCUCUGACCAUGCCUCAUAGGAACCUGACAGGAAGCUGCAAUGUUAAUUGUGGUUGUAAGAUUCAUGAAUAUGAGCCAGUGUGUGGAUCAGAUGGAAUUACGUACUUUAACCCCUGUCUGGCUGGCUGUGUUAACAGUGGUAAUCUUAGCACUGGGAUUCGGAAUUAUACAGAGUGCACCUGCGUCCAAAGUAGACAAGUGAUCACUCCGCCCACAGUGGGACAGCGAGGCCAGCUCCGAGUGGUUAUCGUCAAAACAUAUCUCAACGAGAAUGGCUAUGCUGUGUCAGGGAAGUGCAAACGGACCUGCAACACCCUGAUCCCAUUCUUAGUUUUUCUUUUCAUAGUCACCUUCAUCACAGCAUGUGCCCAACCGUCAGCCAUUAUAGUGACACUCAGCAUACAUUCCUACUCCGAUCUACUUUGGAGCAGUUAUUGACACCACCUGCAUGCUCUGGCAACAGGAAUGUGGGGUACAGGGCUCUUGCUGGGAGUACAACGUGACAUCAUUUCGUUUUGUCUACUUUGGUUUGGCGGCUGGCCUCAAAUUUGUUGGCUUUAUUUUUAUUUUUCUGGCCUGGUACUCCAUAAAAUACAAAGAGGACGAACUGCAGAGGCAGAGGUGCAGAGAAUUCCCACUGAGCACCGUGAGCGAGCUCGUGGGCCAGCCCAACAAAGCCGAGAAGAAUGCCCGGACUAGAUCAUGUCCAGCUUUCAGCACCCAGGGAGAAUUCCACGAAGAAACUGCUCUACAAAAAGGGAUCCCAUACACAGCACAGACCUACCCGGGGCCCUUCCCAGAAGCAAUAAGUUCUCCAGACCCAGGGCUGGAAGAGAGCCCUGCUGCCAUGUAGCCUCAC